AUGCUGUUCAAUUUGUCCAUUGGCCGAUCGGCGGCUCUCGCUAUUGCUCUGACUUCUUCAAUUGCUUCUGCAUUCCCGGAUCCCAACUAUACUGGCCCAGAGUCAGUUCAAGGCUUCAAGAAUCUCUAUCCGUAUCAGCAUCCACCUGCGAAUCACCGUCCAAAGAUUUACAUUCGAUCUUCGGACAACGAUACCGAUGACAUCUCGGCGGACUUCUACAGAGGGCUGCUGAAGGCGAACCAUGGAGGUACUCUGGUGCUUCCCAAGAACAAGACAUUUGUCAUUGGCAAGAAAUUAGAUCUUACGUUUCUAAAGGAUGUUCAUGUCAAUCUGGAGGGCACGAUUCUAUUCACCGACAACAUUACCUAUUGGCAGAGUGACUACUUCUACCAUUUAUUCCAGAACUCAAUCGCGUUCUGGAAGUGGGGUGGGGAAGAUAUCAAGAUCUACGGUGAGGGCAUUCUUGACGGAAAUGGGCAGGCUUGGUACGACGGGUUUGCGGGCAUGGAGAUCCUCGACCCUGAUAACACAUAUUACCGUCCCAUCUUGUUCUAUGCUGAGAACGCUACCAAUCUCUAUAUAGAGGGUAUACAAUUUCAAGGGUCUCCUUGCUGGACGAACUUCAUCGUCACGUCGAAGAAUGUUGUCUAUGACAGGGUCAUCAUCGAGAAUCUCUCGACAAGCGAGAACCCUCCUAAGAACACCGACGGCUGGGACUCUUACAACGUUGAUGGCCUCACCGUUCGAGACGCAUGGAUCAAUAUCGGUGAUGAUUGCUUCAGCCCUAAGCCCAACACCUCCAACAUCCUCGUUGAGAACAUCUAUUGCAACGGUACGCACGGUGUCAGCAUGGGGAGCAUCGGACAAUAUUCCGGAGUCAAGGAUCACAUCUACAACGUCCACAUCGAGAACAUAACCAUGUUGAACGGAGAGUACGGAGCCCGUCUCAAGAGCUGGGCAGGGCAGAAUGUAGGCUACGGCUUCAUCGACAACGUUACCUUCAAGAACGUCUACAACUACAACAACGAUGUACCAAUCAUGCUAGACGCAUGCUACUUUGAAGUCAACUCUACCAUGUGCUCCCAAUACCCCUCCCGCGUCGACAUGACCAACAUCCGCUUCUCCAACUUCACCGGCAGCAGUUCCGGGAUUAACGGGCCCGUAAUCGCCAAUCUCGUCUGCUCCCCCAACGCCAUCUGCACCAACAUCACGCUGGAAGAUAUCAACCUGACACAUCCCAACGGGAGCUCACCUGUCAUUAUAUGUGAGGGUAUUGCAGGAGGGGUGGGCGUGCCUUGCGUGUCUGAUGGUUCGAUCCCGGCGGUGCUCGAUUUGGAUUGA